UCUCCACAUAGCAACGACAAGCAAAGCAGAGAGACGCAGCAGAAGAAAGGAAGCAGCUAAGACGAGCUAUGGCUGAAGUCGAAGACACACUGAAGAGAAUUCAGGCACACAAAGGGGUUAUAGGGACCAUAGUUGUAAAUGCUGAAGGUAUUCCCAUUAGAACAACUCUGGACAAUUCUACCACAGUACAGUAUGCAGGACUGCUGCUUCAGCUGACGAUGAAAGCCAGGAGCACGGUCAGGGAUAUUGACCCCCAGAACGACCUUACAUUCCUACGCAUCAGAUCCAAAAAACACGAGAUCAUGGUUGCACCAGACAAAGAAUAUCUACUGAUUGUGAUUCAGAACCCGAGUGAAUAGUAUUGCAGGACUGUUUCAGCCAUUCACACUUCAUGUAUGUUAAAAACACCUUAUUGAUUCAUCCUCAUUCCUCUGCAUUGAGUUCACUGUAAACCCUUUGCCUUACUGGUUUGUCAUCUGCCUCUUGAAUUAAACUGUUACAUUCCUAUGAAA